AUGGACCAAACUGUGUCCUCCCAGUCUCUUCUCCCCAUCCGGCCUGCCCCGGGAGGUGAGAGACCCAAGCGUCCUCUUCCCAAGAGGUGUGUCCAGCAACCACCAGGCACCAACAAUGGAGAAGCCGAGAUUCAGUUGAUGCACCAAUCGCUCAGCGUGGUCUGCCAGUGGCGUCCUGGACAGCCAACCGAAGGGCUGACCUGGACAGAGAAUGCCUAUCUUGCUCUGACAGGCAUCGCCGCGUCACAUCUUGAGCUCUUCUUCACUGGCGAUGUCCCACAAGCCGACGAGACUUUAAGUCAAUUCCUUGCUGACCUCACUUUGGAUUGCGACACUGAGAGCUACGAGACUUGGCGGCAUAUUGUUCUAGCGCUAUGGAGGACUGAAAACGUCGCGUCCCGGAACGGUCGCUCGAGCCACUCCAUCCAAUCUCUUGUUAACGCGACACCUCUGAAAACCCAUCCACGGGACUGUAUGGGCGCCGUGUGCGCCUUGGGCCUGUUACAGAGCGUGGCUCCUCACGGCCAAGAGGUAAAGAGGGAGUAUCCUAUCAACCCGCUCUUCCUACUCAAGUAUAAGUAUCCCGCUGUCGAGUUUGAUGAAAUUGAGCGCGCCUUCGACACGGAGCUUGACAAGAAGGCGUUCCGUCAGUGGGAACAGCGCGUCAAUGCCAUCUUUGAGUGCAUGGGACCCUUGACAUCGCAGCCGGUCCCCCUCGAGCAGACCGGUGGCCUUGUCCAGUCAGAUGACACUUAUGCGGAUUACCUCAAGGAAUAUGCUAAUGCCAUCUGCAACUUGGGUGAGUCACGGUUCGGAUCAUUCACUUUGACCGACGCCAUCCACGACGCAACUGCUAGAUUUACUGUAGCCACGGCCGGCGACCCGCCUCCCGGCACACCGGAGGACUGCCUUCCCCGCAGAACAACAGAAGAGGAGAAACAGAUCCACGAGCUGCACUGUUUAAUCAGCAACGCCAACCUGGCGGUAAAAUACUCUGCGUUCAAGGCAGUUGUGCAGCUCUCUGGUCAGGUGCCUGGCACCACCAUUGUGUCCCCUAGAAAGCACUACCUCGUUCUUAUCCCCAUGGCCGGGAGGGAGGGGUGCCAUGUAAUGAUUGACAACCAGGAAGUAUCAUGGAGCCCUAGCACUGGUUUUCUCCUUGACGAACAAGUGCCGAUCUCGGCCGACAGUCUCAUCGGUUACAUCGGCAUCUACGUCUACAAGUUCUGA